ACCACGGCUUCACAACAGGCGGAACCGCUCUGAUAGAAUGAAAUGUAAAAGUUGAAGAAAAAAGGCAUAUUAAUGAAACAUUAAAUAUGGACUUGCUUCACGAUUAUUAAAGCAAACGCGCCUCACGUUUUUAGCUCCGAUGAUAACACAUUCAACUAGCGAGCAAAUGAAACACCAUAGCUAACGUAGCUUGUUAGCUGUUUUUCUCUUUCAUACAGUAGACUAAACGCUUCCCACGCACGCAUGCUUGGAGAGUGUCGAGUUUGUCUGCGUGCAGCUAGUUAGUUUAGUGUCAUUUUGUUAAGAACUAUUUAGAAAGAUAGCUUAUAUUUUGCAGUCUUAUUGCAACCGUUUGUAACUGCAGCUAUCCAUGUGAAAUAUUCGGUUUUUUAAAUGUAGUCGUCUGGGCAGGCCUGCCGAGUGGCGAUUCCAGGAUUAUGAUUUUUUUUUUUUUAGACCUGGAAGGGCUACAGCGGGAACUAGCCAGCUAACCAGCGACGAAAUCCCACCCAGAGAUGCAAACAAAAAGGAAGUGAUCUCAAUAUGGCCUUAAUUUCCUGCAGUUUGAAACGUCAUUUUUCUCUGUUUUAAGAGGACAACACAAAACGUUUUAAUUUUUAGCUGUCAAUCUUAAGUGCUCUUUACGUCUACAGUAGCCUAUUGCUUUGCGCGGUUAUUUUAGCAUGACUUUUUAUUUAUGCAGUGGAACUCCGGAUUCCAUAUUCAGUAAGGAUCUUGGCUAGGCUGGUGUGUGGCAUGGACAGCUCGGUGACUCUGUGGCAGUUCCUGCUGCAGCUCCUGCUGGACCCCGGCAACGAGCAGCUGAUCUGCUGGACCAGCGAAGACGGGGAGUUCAAGCUGCUGCAGGCUGAGGAGGUGGCCAGGCUGUGGGGCGCUCGCAAGAACAAGCCCAGCAUGAACUACGACAAGCUCAGCCGCGCCCUGCGCUACUAUUAUGACAAGAACAUCAUCAGGAAGGUAAACGGGCAGAAGUUUGUGUACCGCUUUGUGUCCUACCCAGACGUCCUGAGCGGAGAGGCCGCGGCGAGGGUGGAGGGGGGCGGGGAGCCGCUGGGCUCUGAGAGGGGCCCGACUCAGCAGGACAAGGAGGGCGGAGCCGGGGACGAGGAGGCGGGCACGGCGGGCACGGCGGGCACAGGGGGCGGGCACGGCUCCGGGAAGCCCCCCAGCCGGAACGACUACAUCCACUCGGGCCUGUACACCACCUUCACCCUCACCUCCCUGCAGGCCGGUGCCCAGCUCUUCAGACCCACCAAGGCGGAGCACCCGGGCGAGAGGAGGGCCAGCCAAGACCCGGCGCCCUCCGUCAUCAGGUUCGGGAGCUCGCCCGCCAAGAGGACCACGCCACCGCCGCCGGUCGCUCCCGAAUCUGUUCCUCGGGAGUCCUCCGAGGCGAAGCCACGCCCGCAGCGGGCGCACCCGCUUCAAGCCCCGCCCCCCUCGGAGGACGCCGCGGUGAAGCAGUGCCGCCCGCCCCGAACCUUCGGUGCUUUUGGAGAGGACACGUCCACCGCGGGACCGUCACCGGGCCUCCACCUGGAGGGGAUCUCCACCCACGUGCCCUCCCCCUCCCGCUCCCCCACCCCCAGCACAGCGCCUGACUCCUCCCAGGAUCUGGUGAUUGACAGCGACAUGGAGUCCAUCUCAUCGCAGCCCUCUGAGAUCCAGCUGCAGGUUCAACCGGCUCCCGCAUCCCAGAAUGCAACAUCGUCGGAGCGCGAGGCAGGGAACUCUGUGUUCCCCCGAAGUGCCGGAGGCGGCGCCCAUCACGGGAAGUCGAAAAAGCCCAGGGGGCUGGAGCUUGCCCCUGCGCUGGUGGUGACGGGCUCGGACCUGAGCCCCAUGAACCUGUCCAGCCCCUCCCUCCCGACCGCCUCCCUCACUCCCGCCAUCCUGCAGACACCUACCCUCCUGCUCACUCCCAGCCCUCUCUUGUCCAACAUCCACUUCUGGAGCACGCUCAGUCCUGUGGCCCCGCUGAGUCCAGCCCGGCGCCAGGGCACGCACACCCUGUUCCAGGUGAGUCACACGCACACCCUGUUCCAGGUGAGUCACACGCACACCCUGUUCCAGGUGAGCCACACGCACACCCUGUUCCAGGUGAGUCACACUCACACCCUGUUCCAGGUGAGUCACACGCACACCCUGUUCCAGGUGAGUCACACUCACACCCUGUUCCAGGUGAGUCACACGCACACCCUGUUCCAGGUGAGUCACACGCACACCUUGUUCCAGGUGAGCCACAUGCACACCCUGUUCCAGGUGAGUCGCACGCACACCCUGUUCCAGGUGAGUCGCACGCACACCCUGUUCCAGGUGAGUCACACUCACACCCUAUUCCAGGUGAGUCACACUCGCACCCUGUUCCAGGUGAGUCACACACACACCCUGUUCCAGGUGAGUCCCACCUGCACAUUCACACACCCUGUUCCAGGUGAGUCUCACCUGUGCAGCCAGUGCUGUGCCUCUCAUUAAUACAUCAUUGUAUAUUGGCUUAAAAGACAACUGCACUGUUACAGGGUGAUGCAUAUCAUCCAUGUUGGCAGCUGGAUAUUUUCGUAAAUGGCUAAGGUGAGGCCUUCAAUUCAAUGGUACAGUUGCAGUACCCAAACUAGGGGUUAAGCUUUCAAGUUACAGGCCCAGCAUCUAUACUCCUACAGCACACUAUCACACCUUGUCUGUUACUGUCUGUUUCUGUGUUUUACACAAUUCCGCGCCUAAGUCAUUACGUUACAUUACAGUACAUUACAGGCAUUUAGAUUUCCCAGAGCAACUUACACAACUUUCUCAUUUUUACAUAAUAAGCCCAGCUAUUUUACUGAUGCACUGCAGGGCCCCUCAAACAAAUGCGCUGUAAUUGUGCAGGGAUGGGAUGGCCUGGGGUGGUGGGGCCCAAAGUGAGUUCUUUUCACGGGGCCCAUAAUUCCUGGUGACAGCGCCUUGCUGCUGUGAUUGGUGGAGCUGGGGUUAAAAUAGCGGAGGAGUCGGUACUGACGGAGUAACGCUCUUCUGUGCUCUACAGUUCCCCUCUGUCCUCAACACGCAGUUCCAGCUGCCCAUUCACAGCCUGGACGGCUCCAGCACGCCCGGGCCCCUCUCCCCGGAUCCGCAGAAGACGUAGAGCAAGAGCCCGGAGACCAGGAACGGCCCCCAGGAACGCCACCCCCCCCCAACGCUGACCCGCGCCCCUCCCGUCCGUCCCGUCCCACUGUCACGGACACGUGCGCCAAUCUCAGUGUGUACGCCAAAUCGGGCCUUGUGAUUGGGCUAAAAAAAAAAGGGGGGAGGGGUCAAAGUCAGAGAGUCACAACAGUUAUUUGGUUAUGCUCUGCUGCAGUGAUGUCACUCCUGGAAGAUUUGUCUGAGACGUCCGUGGGGAGCUCAGACUGAGAGGUUGCGUCCGGCUGAUCUUAGCUUCAAACCUCUCAAAAAUAUUCUGUGAAAUCUGGGUGGGUCUGGGGGCUGGGGGUUUGGAAUCAUUAUUUACUUUACCUCCACCUCUCCUCCUGUUUCUCUUAAAAUUUCACAUGGGCCUUAUGCAAAUCAGGAGGAAAUUUCCGAUGUUUCUGAUGCUACUAGAUCUCUGUGGGACAUCCAGGAAGGGUCGAUUUGGUCCGAUGUGACGUCGAUCGUACGAUCGCAGGUGGCCCUUGCGCAGAUCUGUCCACUGCCAGCCAAUCAGACAAGAAAGCUGACUGCUGGCAGUUAGGAGCUGAGUUUUGAUUCGGCCAUCAUUUUUAAGUAGGAAAAGGAGCCUCUCUUGAUCAAGGCAUUACAUUUACUACGAUGGCUAUUUCCACGCAGGUAUAUCUUUCUUAACAGAUAUGCAUUGUUUUUGUGCAAUUAACCAGCUACCUUAACCUCCUUCGUAAUGUCUUAAUGUGACGUAAAUGGCAACCCUGGCUUGCUUUUUCAUACGCCACUUGGAUGCCGUUGUGACGUUCUUUGGUGUUAUCCAGCUUGUUAUGAUUAACUCAUGUUAUGUACUUUUCGCCAUAACAGAUGCUUAUCCCGUUCAGUGUAUUACGUUCAUGUGGCGUGCGUAGCAAACUCACUUUUGUGAGCUGAAUAGGCAAGAA